GGCAACGAGGGGCAGGGGCGGGGGGUUGGUCCUUGAUAUAAAACUCGAGAUGGAUCUCAUCAUUUCUCUCGAUCUCACGACAUUCUGACAUUGCACGUACUCUGUACUACACAUAUUACACAUUCGCAUCACGACGGAAAUCAUCAACAACACCAAUCGUCGACAAGAUCCACUCGCCAGUCGAAAACCGCAUCGCAUACACACCCUCGUUCAACCCAUCCAUCGAUCAGCAAAUUAGCAACGUACUUGUUGUCGAAGGAUCCACGCUCUUUUGCCACAUACGGAUCUUCGUCUUGACAAGGCUACCUCGUUCUACACAUCUACACGUACAUACGUAGCCAUGCUCACACCGGUUUCCAUCUCGGCCAUCGCUCUCGCCUCCCUGGGGGUUACUGCCGCCAAACAGUGCGCUCAGUUCGAUACUAGCAACAACCUCUACCUGUUCGGGGGUGAGCAAGAUUACAACCUUGGGCAGAGCGACUCUUGGUCUUCCCCCAACCCGCAAGCUCUGACGAGUGCUGGACGACCGCCUUGGACAGGCAACAACACUGCUUGCAGCUUGGCUCAAUACAGCAAUGCCCUUUAUGUGCUUGAUGCCGAUGCCGCCAACCCGGGAGAUGUCUAUAUUUAUGAUUUUGCCGCUGGCACCUGGUCGAAGCAGACGACUACGUCUCCUCCCGAGCUCGCGACCGGAUCGUCGGUCUUGGAUCACGAUACGAACGUCUUCUUCGCUCUUCCUGGCGACGACGGGUCCCUCUACUCCUUGGACCUCAGCAGCGUGACUAACCAAGCCAGUGGAAACGCUAUUGCCUGGGAGGCAGUCACCGACCCUAAUUUCAAGAUGGAUGGUCGUCAACCGGUGAUGUCGCAGGCCAGCAACCAUAUUGUCUUCUUCAAUGUACCUGGCAAUCCCGCUGGCUCAGCCAAUAUGUUUGUCAUCCACUACUCCUACUUCCAGCCAGAAGUUCAGGCUUUUUCGCUGGCCAACGGCGCUACCGACAACUUCCCUACCAGUUCCGGGCAAGCGCUUCCUAUUCCUUUGGCUAGCACUGAUGCUGGCAAACAAAUCGUCUUCGUUCCAGAUGAUUUCUCGCAUACUUAUGUGUUGACUCACUGGACCAACCCUGGUGAUUGGUCUUCCCUGUCGGACGCGCCUGCUGGAAUUGAAUCUCUUAUCAACAGCACGCAAACCCUGCCCGCGCCUAGCAGUCAGGACAGGUCCGCUGCGUACGCCGCAUCUGUCAACACGCUCGUCCAGUUCACCUCGAGCGGUGACGUGUACUAUCUGCCAUCCGCUUUCGGAAACGGCUGGACUGUUCAAGCUAAUGCCGCUUGGCAGAAGCUAGGCUAUUCGGUCGCUGGCUUGAGCGGAGCAUCCCAGAGCACUGUCGUAUCCUCUGCUUCUGGAACUUCGACCACUGCUAGUGGGACUGGUGCGACUUCAGCGGUCGGCAGUCCCUCGACGUCUGUGAGCAGAGCUAGCGGGACGGGCAGUACCGCGACUGGUAGUACCCCUACCAACGCUACAAACUCUGGCAUGAAGAUCGGUUCGCCCUUGUUUGCGCAGGCGGGCGUUUUCGUGAUCGCUCUGGCUGUUACCGGCGCCCUCUUGUAAUUGCUGGUUUCGUCGCUUUGUCCACGCAUAUGUUGCGCGCUCCAAUACCAUAUUCUUGCCGUUAUGAAAGUCCACAUGUGGUGUCCCUCG